AUAGUGUUAAAAAGUGUUGAUACUAGUGUUUUAGUUUAGAGUUUAUAAUGGCGAGCGGCGAGAGUAGUCGUAAGAAAAAGCGCCGUGAGCCCCAACCGGAAGGGAAGCCGUGUCCGUCCCGGUUCGUGCCACCGGACGUCGGCGGCCGGACCCUGCCGUGGGUGCCUCGAGCCGGCUACGACCAUGAGGUGGGCCAGGACAGUGACCUCGUUAAAGCUGUUAUGAAUAUGUACCCUGAAGGUGAAGGAGAUGGCCGCUGCAGUAAGUUCCUGCCGCUGAUGCAGACCAAGUCCUGGACGAAGGGCGUGCCAUUCCGGGACAGUUAUAUACAUGGCAGACCCGCGGAUACUAUUGGUAACUGCUACACGGCUACCACAAAAACGAUUCGCUUAAUCAACAUGCCCCCGAAGAGGAAGCCUCCUGUAGCCCGCUACGGCCCUCUCGGACCUAACGGGGAGAUGCAGUUCCCUCCUCUCAAGAGUUUAGCAGAGAGGGAGAAGGAGAAGCAGCAGAAGCAGAUGGAAGCAGAGAAGAAGAAGACUACUCUACAGAAAGCACGUUUGGAGUUCGAGCUGCCAAGAGACCCGGACCAGCAGAAGGAGGAGAUGCUGGCAAUCACUGAGGAGGAACACUACCGGUAUAUCUCGCCUGACGCACUCGAGAGAAUAGACUUCUAUCUCAGUCAGUACGUGGUGGAGGACGGCGCGGAGCGCGUGCGGCUGCAGGUCCCGUUCCUGCCGGCGCUGUGGCCGGCGCUGGUGGUGCGCGCGCCCGUGCCCUGGCACACGCCGCUCGUCAAGGCGCGGGAGGCGCUGUUCCACCGGUACUGCCUCGGGAACCCCGUGCUGCUGGAGCUGCGGAGGAUGUGGCAUGAAAGAUACCAAAACAUGUUCAUAGUAGACAUGGAGAAGAUGCAGGCAGAGGUCCCCUUCCCUCAAUACACGAAUGAGUUCACGGAGAACCUUAACAAGCUCUGUGCGGAGACCAGAGCUGAGCUGGAGGAGAACUGGCUGAUAGACGUCGCUGAUACUAUGAUCAAGAUGAGGCAUCACUGGUCGGGGUGUAUCCGUGCGCUGAUGUCCAACCAAAUGCGAAACCUCGUGGAGAGGAGUGUCGCACACUUCGCUAAAUAUUUAUGCUCUUACUCGGAAGGCAACACUUACGAGGGUCCGUAUCGCGACUACAUGUUUAUAAAGCGCCCCAUAAUCCGAGUGAAGGUAAUCGCCCACCCUGGCACCAAUAACAUCACCUUCGAGCCUGGCCUCGAGAGCAUCAAGACGAUCGUCAUCAAGUGGUUCCAGGCCAUCAUCAACGUGUCCCAAGCACUGGCUUCUGUUGAUAAGAUUAUGUAUCCCAACACGGCCCGGCCGGAGCCGAUGUUGAUGGGCGUGUUCGCGGACGAGCGCUACAUGAUAGACGUCAUCAGCGAGGCAGUGCGCCAGGUGUCCGUCAACAAGCCCGGCCCGCGCGCCUUCCUCGACAGCUACACCGAGUACUUCUACAUACUCAAUGGAGAAGCCAAACAGGAUCUACUUGCUUUCUUUGCACAGGAACCACCGCCGUUUUUGAAGGACUUCUCAGCGCGCAUCUACAUGUACGAGAAGCUCCGCGACGAGAUCCUGUUCCUCCGGCGCGACAUACCCCUCAACAUGGUGAUGCUGGACUGCGCGCCCAUCAACGACACGCUCUGGGACAUCGUCAACGGGCUGCGGGACUAUAUCGUCGACCACUUCAUCAAUGUUAAUCGGAAGUGGAAUCGAGCUGCCAUGUUCGACCUCCGGGAGAAGGCACGCACCACUGCGGAGUACGUGCUCUUCCUCAUGCAACAUGCGCAUCUUACCUUUGAAGAUGUGAACCUGAAUACCAGGGUCUUCCUCUGGCCCCUGGACAUGGAAGAAACGAUAGACCUGACUUUAAAGACCCUCAACACCAAGAAGACCAUGGCUGAAGACAAGCUGAGGAGUCGCAAGACCAUCUUUGAAGAUAAACUAAAGAAGCAUGAGAAAGACUUGGAGCUGUUCCGAAGAUUUGAUCCUCCACUGUUGAACUUAGACUUGCUGCAAGAUGCUGUUGAAAGGGUUGAUGCCAUAUUCAGGAAUUUGAUGCUAGUCAUGGUCUGCAGGUACCAUGGUCCCUUCGAAGGUCUGGAAGCGGAGCAGAUAGCUGAAGAUGUAGAGGCGUGGUGGAAGUUACUGUACAAGUUGGGCAAGCAACUCUACGAGUACCCGGGCGCUAAGCGGAUUGCAGACAUGGGUAUGCGCGAGCGCCACUGGGCAAAGAUCAGCGAACUGAUAGGCGCCGAGGUAGUGCACGAGGCGGGCACCACGCUGGCGGACAUGGUGGAGCAGGGCGUGCACGUGUACGCGGCGCAGCUCGAGGAGAUAGAGCAGUACGCCUCCAAGGAGGACACAGGUGUAGGUAUCCUAACGGGACUGGAUGACAUCCAGCAGCUUUUAGACGACCACAUCCUGAAAUCUCAGACCAUGCGCGGCUCUCCUUAUGUGAAGGCAUUCGAGUCCGACAUGAUCGCCUGGGAGGAGAAACUCAUCAGCAUGCAGGAUAUACUCGACCAGUGGCUUACGUGCCAAGCCACAUGGAUGUAUCUAGAACCAAUCUUCUCAUCCGAAGACAUCAUGAGACAAAUGCCGACGGAAGCAAGGAACUUCCGCGACGUGGACAAGGAGUGGAAGACUAUCAUGAUAGCCACACAGAAGGACCCCAUGGUCCUACCGGCCACUGACUUCCCUGGCCUGCUGAAGACGUUGAAAUUCUUCUUCCUAUCAAACGACGAGUUGCUGGAGAUUCUAUCAGAAACGAAGGAUCCCAUGCGAGUGCAGCCUCACCUGAAGAAGUGCUUCGAAGGUAUCUACACGCUGGAGUUCAACUUCGCGAAGGAGAUCGUAGGCAUGGCCUCCUCGGAGGGAGAGUCCGUCAAACUGUCCUCUACCAUACAGCCUGCUGAUGCCAAGGGCAUGGUGGAGCGCUGGCUGCAGCAGUUGGAGCACCAGAUGAUAGUGAGCCUGCGGGACGUGGCCAACGAGGCCAUCACCAGCUACGUCACCACCAGAAGGGAGGACUGGGUGCUCAUCUGGCCCGGACAGAUCGUACAGUCCGGCGCCUGCGUCGAGUACACGCUCGAGACUAUAGAAGCGAUAGAGACGAACUCCCUCCCGGAGCAGAUACUUCGCAGCACGGACCAGAUCAACGGACUCGUGUACCUCGUGCAGGGAGACCUCAAGCCGGGGAACAGGAUCACUGUCGAGGCACUCAUCGUGCUCGAUGUGCACGAGAAGAUGAUCUGCUCCAUGAUCACUACCGACGUGGAGUACGGGUUCGAAUACCUGGGCAAUAUUGGACGACUAGUUGCUACACCGCUUACUGACCGGUGUUUCAGGACUCUCAUGAGUGCCCUAAAGUUGAACCUGGGCGGUGCCCCCGAAGGUCCAGCAGGUACAGGUAAGACGGAGACCACCAAGGACCUGGCUAAAGCCGUCGCUAAGAAGUGCGUCGUCUUCAACUGUUCCGAUGGACUUGACUAUAAGGCGCUUGGCAAAUUCUUCAAGGGUCUAGCUCAAUCUGGCGCGUGGGCAUGUUUCGACGAGUUCAACCGCAUUGAGCUGGAGGUGCUGUCAGUGGUGGCCCAGCAGAUCCUCUCCAUCCAGCUGGCCAUCCUCCGCCGGGAGAAGCGGUUCGUCUUCGAGGGAACAGAGAUCAGCCUCAAUCCGAGCUGCUCGGUGUUCAUUACGAUGAAUCCUGGACUAGCCCGUAAGAUAGUGCAGGCGUACAAGCUCUGCUCCGAGCAGCUAUCGUCCCAGAACCACUACGACUACGGCAUGCGCGCCGUCAAGUCGGUCCUGCUGGCGUCCGGCGCGCUCAAGAAGAACUACCCCGAGAAGGACGAGGCACAACUCGUGCUCAGAGCCAUCAUCGAUGUUAAUAUGCCCAAGUUCCUCUCACAGGACGUGCCUCUAUUCACGGGUAUCUACACGGACCUGUUCCCCGGCAUCGAGAUCCCGCAGCCAGACCGCGUGGAACUGACGCGCUGCAUACUCAAGGAGCUGGACAAGCGGAACCUGCAGGCCACCGACUGGUAUCUGGAGAAGAUUAUACAGCUCACCAAGCCACCACCGCGACACAAGGAGUUCGGAGCCAUCUACCGCAUCCUCAACCCCAAGGCCAUCACCAUGGGACAGCUCUAUGGAUGCUUCGACCCUGCCUCGCAUGAAUGGACAGACGGUGUGCUAGCGAUAGCAUUCCGUGAGUACGCCAUGUCAAUAACUCGGGACCGCAAGUGGAUCCUGUUCGAUGGACCCGUGGACGCUGUGUGGAUAGAGAACAUGAACACUAUGACGAACAAGAUGAACUUGAUAUUCGAGGCUGCGGACCUGGAGUUUGCCUCGCCGGCCACCGUGUCCCGCUGCGGGAUGAUCUACAUGGAGCCGGAGAUGCUCGGCUGGCGGGCGUUCCUAAGUUCAUACAACGUGUACUUGACCAAGAAGUUGAUCCCGGAGCAGUACGAGCUGAUCCAAGAGCUGAUAGACUGGCUGGUGCAGCCCAUCCUGGACUUCCUCCAGGCCAAGUGCACUGCCUUCGUCAAGGUCGGGGAGAUACACCAGUUCUAUAACCAACUGUUCCCUGAUAAAGACACUGUGUUCGAUUACUUGUAUGACAAGAGGAAUAAUGGCACCUGGAUAUCCUGGAUGGAGCUGGAGAAGGAGGUUCCACUGUCACCGACUGCUAAGACUCAAGACAUCAUUAUGUCCAAAGUGGACAGAAGACGUAAAGGUGUGUUCGGACCCUCCAUGGGGAAAAAGUGCCUACUAUUCGUGGACGAUCUGAGCAUGCCCCAGAAGGAACAGUACGGCGCGCAGCCGCCGCUGGAGCUGCUGCGGCAGUGGAUCGACCACGGACACUGGUACGACCUCAAGGACAUGGUGCGCCAGGAGGUCGUCGACGUCCUGUUCGUAUCAGCGAUGCUCCCCCCUGGCGGCGGCUCCAACCUGAUCUCGUCCCGACUGACGCGUCACAUGCUGAUAGUGACGCUGGACUCCUUCGAGGACAACACUCUCAACAAGAUCUUCGGCACUAUCAUGGACUGGCAUUUCAGUAAGGGAUUCAUUGAAGCGCUGCAGAGGCAGGCCAAGAUAGAAAUAUCCCGAGUGUACGGUCAGAACGAGUGGCGCGAUGACAUCAGGAAGUUGCUGAUGAAGGCUGGCAUCAUUGGGAAGCCUCUCGUGUUCCUCUUCGCGGAUAACCAGAUAAUGUACGAGGGCAUGGUGGAGGACAUCAACAUGUUGCUGAACACGGGCGACAUCCCCAACCUGUACGGUAUUGAUGAGAAGGUGGAGAUCCUGGACAAGAUGCAGACUGCCGUCCGGGAGUCCAUAGUAGGUGCAGAUGAAGCCUUAGCCAAUGAAGCGGCUGCAGCAGCCCAAGCCAUUAAAGACGACUGUGAGUCAGACCUGGCCGAAGCUGUACCAGCUCUGGAAGCCGCCCUGGAUGCCCUGAACACCCUAAAACCAGCCGACAUCACCCUGGUCAAGUCCAUGAAGAACCCACCCUCAGGGGUCAAGCUGGUGAUGGAGGCUGUGUGCGUGAUGAAGGGGAUCAAGGGAGAUAGGAAGAUUGAUCCUAAUGUGAUCGCGAAGAUAUCGUCUGCGUGCGAGGGACUGUGUCGAUGGGUGCGGGCCAUGGAUGUGUACGACAGGGUCAUCAAGGUGGUGGCCCCGAAGAAGGCGGCGCUGUUCGAGGCGGAGUCGGAGCUCCAACAACAGAUGAACACACUCAACGCCAAGCGCGCGCAGCUGCAGGGCGUACUCGACAAGUUGCAGACCCUAAACGACGAGUUUGCGGAAAUGACCCGUAAGAAGAAGGGUCUAGAAGACGAAAUACACCUGUGCUCCACCAAGCUCACGCGCGCCGAGCAGCUCAUUGGGGGACUUGGAGGGGAGAAGGCGAGGUGGACUGACCUCGCCAAGGACUUGCAGGAGUUGCUGUCUAACAUUAUCGGUGAUGUGUUACUGUCAGCGGGCUGUAUAGCAUACCUGGGCCCCUUUACUGUUAACUACAGAGCCGAGAUCAUACAGACAUGGAACAAGCGAGCCAGGCAACUCAGGAUCCCCUGCUCGGAGACGUUCUCCCUGAUCACGACGCUGGGCGAGCCGGUCGUGAUCCGAGUGUGGAACAUAGCGGGGCUGCCUGUGGACAACUACUCCAUACAGAACGGUAUCAUCGUCAUGAAGGCAAGGCGCUGGGCACUCAUGAUAGAUCCGCAAGAGCAAGCAAACAAAUGGGUUAAGAACAUGGAGCGCGAGAACCAGUUGAAGGUGAUAAAGCUGACGGACUCCAACUACGGCAGGGUGCUGGAAAACGCCAUCCAGCUGGGCUUCCCCGUCAUGCUGGAGAACAUACGGGAGACUCUGGACGCACUGCUCGAACCUGUGCUGCUGAGGAACGUCUUCAGGUCUGGUGGAGUAGACUGUUUGAAGUUGGGCGACAACAUUCUGGAGUACAACCACAACUUCAGGUUCUACAUCACCACCAGGCUCAGCAACCCUCACUACUUACCUGAAGUCGCUGUCAAGGUGACCCUGCUGAACUUCAUGAUAACUCCACAAGGUCUGCAAGACCAGUUGCUGGGUAUCGUAGUGGCACAGGACAGACCAGAGCUGGAGCUGAAGAAGAACCAGCUCAUCGUUGAAGGUGCUCACAAUAAGAGGACGCUCAAGGAGAUCGAGGAUAAAAUUCUUGAGAUCGAGGCCAAGCAGGCGGCCGCCACCAUCACGGAGGCCGAGAUAGACAAGGCCAGGCUCCUGUAUGUGCCCGUGUCACAACACAGCUCCGUGCUAUUCUUUUGUAUAUCAGAUCUCGCCAAUAUCGACCCUAUGUACCAGUAUUCAUUGGUUUGGCUAAAAGACUUCCGCACCCACUUCGAGAACAACGUAAGCAAAUGGAAAAGUUACUACGACCUGUCGGCGCCCCACGAGAACCCCAUGCCGGCGCCCUUCGACCAGCUCGAGGGGAUACCAAAGCUCAUCGUACUCAGAUGCAUCCGUCCAGACAAGCUGAUCCCUCUAGUCCAGCAGUACGUGGUGAAGGAGAUGGGCCAGACUUACAUAGAGCCGCCCCCCUUCGACCUGGACAAGUCCUACAACGACAGCAACUGCUGCUCACCUCUCAUCUUCAUCCUGUCGCCAGGCUCUGACCCCAUGUCGGGGCUUGUUAAGUUCGCCACGGAGAAGAAAGUCGUCAGCUUCGAAACUAUAUCUCUUGGACAAGGACAGGGUCCGAUAGCAUCAGGUAUGAUAUCUAAAGCGAUAGUGACAGGCGGCUGGGUGGUGCUGCAGAACUGCCACGUGAUGACGUCAUGGAUGGGGGAGCUGGAGCGGAUCUGUGCCGAGGUCAUCGUGCCACAGAACACACACGCCAACUUCCGCUGCUGGCUGACGUCAUACCCCAGCACUUCCUUCCCUGUUACUGUGUUACAGAAUGGUGUUAAAAUGACAAACGAAGCUCCGAAGGGUUUGAAAAACAACAUAUACCGCUCGUACAUAUCGGACCCUAUCUGCGACCCUGAAUUCUACAUCUCAUGUCCUCGCACGGAGGACUGGCGCCGACUGCUGUACGCGUUGUGUUUCUUCCAUGCCAUUGUGCAGGAGAGGAGGGCCUUCGGACCUCUCGGGUGGAACAUACAGUACGAGUUCAAUGAGAGUGACCUCAGGAUCUGUGUUAUGCAGCUGCAGUUGCUAUUCGGCACGCUACUGACGCAGACGCACAUAGUGAUGGGGGGCGGCGCGGAGGGCGGCGAGGGGGGCGGCGUGGUGGAGCUGACGCGCGACAUGAUGGAGCGCCUGCCCGCGCUCUACGACGUGCAGGCCGUCGCCGACAAGUACCCCGGUCUGGCCAUCAUGAGCCCGGAGCUGGAGGAGUGCAACGACGCCUUCAUCAAAGGCAAAGUGCCUGGAGCCUGGAUGUCAAAGUCCUAUCCAUCUAUGAAGCCACUGGGGUCUUACGUGUCUGAUUUACUGUCUCGGCUAAGCUUUCUACAAGACUGGAUAGACGAGGGUCCUCCAGUGGUGUUCUGGAUCUCCGGUUUCUACUUCACGCAGUCGUUCCUGACGGGCGUGCUGCAGAACUACUCGCGACACAACAAGAUCCCCAUUGACCAGGUCCACUUUGAGUUCACCAUUACCAGCAUGGAGUCGGACACUACAGAGGAACCCGAAUACGGGGUCUAUUGCAAGCAAUCUUUCCAAAUGGAUAAAGGAGACGAGGAACACAGUGUGUUCAUAUGGGGCCUAUUCCUCGAAGGCGCAAGAUGGAAUCGUAUAACGAUGCAAAUGGAUGAAUCCUAUCCCAAAAUCUUGUUUGAUACUAUCCCUACAAUCUGGUUCAAACCGGCUUUGAUAGCUGACUUCCAGCCUCCCCCCUGUUACUUCUGUCCUAUUUACAAGACAAGUGAGAGAAAGGGUGUACUGGCGACGACAGGACAUUCCAGCAACUUCGUCAUGUACAUCACUUUGGAGACUGACAAGAAGGAACAGCAUUGGAUCAAUAGAGGAGUCGCGAGUUUGACGCAACUCGACGACUAAACUCGAUAGAUAGGAGAUAACGUUAUACAACCCAUGCAAACUAAUCAGUUAUGUCUAAAAUCUGAAAAUUCGCGUCGAAAUUGAAAAU